AAAAAGGCAUGAGAUCACAACAGUACCCACUCACUGUUCCUCUCCCUAUUGCUGAGAAAUCGAGACGGUAGGUUAGCUAGCCCCCCAACACCUACCCUACCCCUGUUGCUGUUGGAGCCCCCACUUGCUAAUUCUUCUCUCUAAUCUCCGAGCCCCCUCCUCUCCUAAUCACUCACACCCAGUGCCUUUUCCUUGGUCCACUUCAAAAACAACCCCCAACCCCAACCCCCAACACCCCCCCACCCCCAAGCGUUUCCUCGAUAGUCUUUGGGAUGAGAUCAGAGAGCAGAGAGGAGCCACCACUAACCCUUAAUCAAAGCCCUUAACCCUGAUUAGCCCACUCCUAAUCAAGUCCACUCCCUCCUAAUCCCCAGCUUUGGAGUCGAGGGACAACCGGACAAGCGCCCUUGUCUUCCCUCCCUGCUGCCCUGCGUCCCUGUUGCUUGCUGCACCGGUUCUUGGCGGGCGGCGGGCCAAGGAGAGCUCGCCGUGGGCCGGCCGGGGCGACCAUGUCGAGCGCCGGCGAGGCUAGAGGCGUGGGGACCGGGCGCGGGUCGCGGCUGCCGCGGUGGACGCGGCAGGAGAUCCUGGUGCUCAUCGAGGGGAAGCGGGUGGUGGAGAGGAGCGGGCGCGGGCGCGGCCGGGGCCGGGCCAGGGGAGGAGGCGGCGAGGGCGCGGAGCCAACCAAGUGGGCGGCGGUGGCGGAGUACUGCCGGCGCCACGGCGUGGACCGCGGACCCGUGCAGUGCCGCAAGCGCUGGAGCAACCUCGCCGGCGACUACAAGAAGAUCAGGGAGUGGGAGCGCGGCGGCUUCGCGGCCAGGAAGGAGGCCUCGUUCUGGGCCAUGCGCAACGACGCGCGCCGGGAGAGGAGGCUCCCGGGGUUCUUCGACCGCGAGGUGUACGACAUCCUCGAGGGGCGCGCCCCUGGUAAUGCGGCGGCGGCCGCGGUGGCGCGCCCCGUGGCGGUGGACGUGGAGAGCAAGGAGGAUGUGGCGGCGGCGCUCGACGGUGGUGCCCGCGGGGCCGAGGGGGCCGGGCUGUUCUCGUCGUCUGAGGAUGAGGAUGAUCAAGAAGACGAUGCGGCCACGCCGAGCCCCACGCCGAUGGCGACGCCGGCGCUGGCGCCGGCGCCGGUGGCCUUGCCCAUCUCCGAGAAGACGACUGAUGCGUCCAGGCAAGAGAGCUCCGAGCAAGCAGGCACAUCGAAAAGAAAGCAGCUGGAGCAAAUUACUGAGGACUCACCAGCGCAGUGUGGGCAGAAGAGGCAGCGCAGCGACGACAACGCCUCUGGACGAGCCACCACCACCGACCUGCAGGGGCGGCUGGUCGAGAUCCUAGACCGGAGCAGCCAGAUGGUGGCGGCGCAGCUGGAGGCGCAGAACAUCAACAGCCGACUGGACAGGGAGCAGAGGAAGGACCAGGUGAGCAGCCUGCUUGGUGUGCUCGGCAAGGUGGCUGAUGCCCUCUUCAGAAUUGCUGAUAAGCUGUAGCCACCAUCAUGUGUCUUGAACACCGUAAAUAAAACGCUGCAAGAAUGUACAGAUUUAUACAGGUUCUUGGCGUCCAGCUGUUCUUGUGGGUUGGUUCUGAAAUUGGUCAGAAACCUCAAAUGGGAUGCCCUAUUUUUUAGCCCAUGGGAUGUGUAUCUGUAUGCCCCCAUGGCCCCAAAACUGUAUAUUCUGCUGACUCUGGAUCCUGCAGAGGAAUUGAAGUGCAUAUCUGAUACACUGUCUA